UGCAGGGCUGUGACCGUCUACGACGAGCUGGCAUCUUUCUUUAAAGAGGCACCUCUGGACCUGCAGCACCGGCUCUUCAUGAAGCUGGGCAGCACGCACUCUCCGUUCAGGGCCCGCUCAGAACCUGAGGACCCAGACACAGAGCCGUCGGCCUUCAUGGAGUGGGAUGCUGGGAGCAGGCUGGUGACGCGUCUCCACGAGCGGCCAGCCCUGCUGGUCAGCAGCACAAGCUGGACAGAGUUUGAACAACUGACUCUUGACAGACAGAACCUUCCUUCUCUCGUCUGUGUGAUAACAGGCAAAGGGCCUCUGAGGGAGUAUUACAGCCGCCUCAUCCACCAGAAGCAUUUCCAGCACAUCCAGGUCUGCAUCCCCUGGCUGGAGGGCCGAGGACUACCCCCGCUUCUAGGGUCGGUGGACCUGGAUGUCUGUCUGGACACAUCUUCCAGUGGCCUGGACCUGCCCAUGAAGGUGGUGGACAUGUUCAGGUGCUGUUUGCCUGCGUGUGCCGUGAACUUCAAGUGUUUACAUGAGCUGGUGAAACAUGAAGAAAACCGCCUGGUCUUUGAGGACUCAGAGGAACUGGCAGCUCAGCUGCAGGUAGCCAUGUCUGCCACCACGCCAGGGUGGACAGGGUUCUGGAGACUGGCACCGAGCCAUGCUCCCUGAUCCCUGCUUCACACAGCCAGGGUGGGACCAUGCGGGGUCUUGCGGAAAAGCUAGGGAGGGAGCAGAAGUCACAGAGGCUGGCCUACUCUGCUGUCCCAUUUCGGUACAGUAGGCUCGGUAAAGUUAGGACACAACCCCACCUGCCCUCUGGAUUUAUGGAGCUGAGACUCCACAAAUGAUGCUGGAGCCGGGUGGGCCGGGCUGCAGUUUAGGAAGUGAUCAGGAUCAGGUAGUGCGUGGGCUAAGGGAACUUCUGGGACCAGCCUUGAAGGAUGGGUGGAAUUCUGCAAAGGUUACUUGUUUCUUAUUGCAAAAAGUAAUACAUCAUUCUUGUCA